ACAAAUUAUUAAUUUAACUAAACCUUUUAAAUUAAAAACUUUAUUUAUGACAAUGGCUAUAUUACAAAUUAAACCAAUACAUUUAUUAUUACAAAAAUCUGGUUGUUAUAUAGAAAAUCUUGCGUAUGGAGGGGAAUCCUUUAGAUAUGAUCUAUCAUUAAAGCAACAAUUGUCGGAAAUCAUUUUAAAAUAUUGUAAAAAUAUCAAGUAUCUUAAAUUUACUGAACUUGAAAAUCAGGAUCCUUAUCAAGUUUUUAAAUUAAUUGAGAAUAUUAAGCAAUAUCUUAAUUAUCUUUCAAUCAAUAUUUUGGAAGUUAGACAAUCAUCAGGUAUUAUUUCAAGUAGUUCAAUGAUAUUACAAAAUUUAGGUCAUGUUCUCCCUUCUAAAUUAGAAUACUUAAAUUUGAUUCUUGAUAUUAAAGAAAGUGAUUUUAAAGUAUUCUUAGAAAAUUCUCGAGAUAUUUUUAUUAAUAAAUUAUUGAUAAUGCAAAUGGGUAGAUAUGAUAUUUUACAUUAUACAAAGGAAUUUAUUAUGAAGGAAAAAAGAGUCAAGUAUUUAGCUAUCAAGGGUAUUUAUAAAAAAGAUUUGUAUAGUUUUAAAGAUGAAGUGAAUGAAUUUAAGUUA